CCUUGGAAGGUUAUAUUUUGAACCUUCAUAUAAAUAAAUAAUUAUGUAAAAUAAUUAAUUAUGUCUGAAGGUGAACCCGUGAUGGUUGGAGGAAUAAAUACCAGGCAACAUAGAUAUCCCUACUGCAUCGUAUGGACGCCAAUUCCUCUCUUAACAUGGCUGUUUCCAGUGAUUGGCCAUAUGGGGAUUUGUACAUCAGCUGGUAUAAUUAGGGAUUUUGCUGGAUCCUACUAUGUUAGCGAAGAUAACAUGGCGUUCGGCCACCCUACUAGAUAUGUCAUGCUGGAUCCUGAUAAUGUAAAAGCAACUGGGUGGGAUAUUGCAAUAUCUGAAGCAGCAUCCCUUUAUAAAACAAGAAUGCACAAUCUUUGUUGUGAUAACUGUCAUUCAAUGGUUGCUAAUGCUCUUAACCGCAUGCAAUAUCGUGGCUCUUCAUCGUGGAACAUGGUUACACUAGCCUGUCUCAUCACCUUUAGUGGCCGAUAUGUUGGGAUCUCAGGAAUUUUAAAAAGUCUUCUCCCUUCAGUUUUGUUAUAUACAAUCAUUAUUUGUAUGAUUAUUUUUAUUUAAGCUCCUACACAAUAAAAUAUUUAUAUCUUAUACAAGUAAUGUUACUUCUUAACUCCAUGUACCUUUCUGUUAUCUUUUAUUAAUGCAAGCAGAUAUGAAAAAAAAAAAAAAUGCAAUUUUAAAAUAAAAUACAAGGCUUGUCCUUAACAUGUCUCCAAUCAUGGCUCAGAAGCAUUCCACAUUUGGAUAAAAGAGUUUAAAUUCUUGAGACCAUAAUGUUUUUGUAGACUUGGAACAAAUAAAAUAUUAUAUCUGUUUAUAAAUUCAUUAUGAUAUUCUUGAGACAUUCAAGAUUGAUUGACAGAAUAAAUGUAUAUAUAAUAUUAAAUAUUUGUUUUAAUAUUUUAAUAAAUUUAUAAUAAUCAAA